GUGCUAACCACGGCCAUGGGAAUCAUCCCCACACUGGCAAAAGAAAAAGAAUGCCGCAAAGAGAAAGUAUAGAGAUGCGUGUGAAUGACGCCUAUUUUUGGGAUUCAAUCACAAUCACUCCUCCGGACCGAGAGGAAUUGAGGAAUUCCUGUCAGCUGGUGAGGUGAAUGUGUACAGUGUAGGUAGCAAGCAGCCGAUGGAUGACGAGUCACACUUCGUAUUGAGGAUUGAUACUAUUGAAUAUUGGUGAAGGAUUGUCCUACUUCCUCCAUGGGUACGACUGAUGUCUACCGUAUGCAUGGGACUCCGUGCCCGGCUCAUACACCGCAAUGGGCAGGUUUACAGGCUGCAGCACCUGUCAGCUUCUCCUUCUCAAUGGCUACCGGAACUACCAAAGUACUUACUAUUGUACUCCGUACAGAAUACUACCUUUCUGUCUUGACUGUCGACGGCCUUGAAGCCCCACUGUAUCUCGUGGCGUUCAGGAACUCUCGCUCUUCAUUUCCUCGACCCUCUCUCCACUUCCACCAACUCUCCAAGAAGUCCCGGGGACCCAAUCCCACGUCACACCCUUUUCUGGUUCGCUUUCCCUCUUUGCCUCUUUUUUUCGAUUCGGGAUUUAUUCCUUUUUGGCCUUUUUUCUUCUCUUUUCCGCUCAAACAAAGUUUUACCCCUGCGCCAUCGCGGGUCAUGGUUCGGUUGGGACACCGUAACUGCCAGGCACUCAGCCCGAUGACAAGGCCGAUGCGUGGGUGACUUGCCCCCCACCCCCCAAAUUGUCUAUAUAAUGGCCUUGAUCGCACGUCUCUGAUCGUCUCUUUCUCUUCUGCAUCCAUCGACACUCUCUUGCUCGUACGGUUUUGUUUUUCAGAUCCUUUGAUCUGCCACUCUCUUAGAUCUGCAGCGCAGAUUCGUCCUUCUUUACUACCACCGUCCA